AUUUAAUAUAAAAACGGAAAUGAGAUUAUUAUUGGUUCUUCUAUUGAUUGGUAUAAUAUCAGCAACAAUGGCUCCUCCUAUCACAAGCAAUGAUAAGAAGUGGGUGAGAUCAACUGCUGAGAAUGACUCAUGUCAUAAGGAAUGCAAAAAAUCGGAUGGUCAUGUUUGUGCAGGAUUACAUAAAACAUAAUGUUGCUAGAAACACUGGUGCAUUUAAGAUGAAAAAUUACACGAUGUAUGGAAUUGCAGAAAUGGAUUUGAAAUUCAUGUUGAUUCAUGCAAUUCAUUCCCAAAAAGAGAUGCUGGAUUUUUACAAGAAGACUAUUGAGCCACAAUAUAAAUUAUAUUAAUUAUUAUCAUUCUUUC